UGCCACGUGUCCCCAGUGCGAUUUCCUUUGUGAACACACACAAAAACCCGCCAACUAAAAUUAACGGACAAAAGUGAAAAAAAAAAAAAAAAAAAACGGUUUUAAAAAAUUACGAAGUCGUUUAAAUUAGAAUCAAUGAGACAAAGGAUAAAAAAGCAGAGCCUUCAUCGUGUGGUAGUCGCUGUCGCGGAGAAGCUUGAGGCGGUGGCAGCGACGGAGAGAGGCGGAGACAGACAGAGGAAAUACAAACAAUCAGACAAACCGCCGGGGUUAACGUUUUACAAAAAACGGUUACAAAUCUCUAGGUUUCUCAUUUCUUUAGACUCUCUCUCUCUCUCUUUGAUUGGAGAUUGUGUAAAUUCUCCAUUUUUGCCUCUCCGUUUCGUGUUUUCCGAUGAAUUUGUCUCUACUUUCUGGAAAUUUUAACAUUUUUUUUCGAAAUUUUCUUUUCAGCAUUUUAAAUUUUUUUGAAGAUUUUGUUUUUGUUUGUGUUAAAGGUUUCUCCUUUUCAAUUUGGAUCCAAUAACAGAAUAAAAUCACCAUCUUUCAGAGAAAUGCCAUUGAAAAGCUUUGUUCGGGAGAUUGGAAAUAUAUCAAAGAAAAGUUCAGAGAAGAAGAAACAUAAUCUUAGGCGAGGACGAGCCUUUAUUGCUCCAGAAGCUGCCUCUUCUUCUUCUUCAACUGCAUUAGUUGAGCAAGGGCAAUGGGCAAAUUUACCCCCGGAAUUACUUUUAGAUAUAAUUCAAAGAGUGGAAGCCAGGGAAACAUGUUGGCCUGGAAGGAGAGAUGUGGUUGCUUGUGCUUCUGUUUGUACAUCUUGGAGAGAAAUUACUAAAGAGAUUGUUAAGACUCCUGAACAAUGUGGCUUUCUAACUUUCCCCAUAUCUUUAAAGCAGCCUGGACCAAGGGAUACUCCGAUUCAGUGCUUUAUCAGGAGGGAAAGGGCAACUUCAACAUAUCAAUUGUAUAUGGGUCUCAGUCCUGCUCUGUCAGGUGAUUUGAGUAAACUUUUACUGGUUGCAAAAAAAGUUAGAAGGACUACCUGUACUGAUUUUGUGAUAUCUUUAGUUGGGAAUGAUUUCUCUAGAUCAAGCAACAAUUAUGUUGGAAAACUGAGGUCUAAUUUCCUUGGAACCAAGUUCAACGUUUUUGACAGUCAACCUCCAGAUGACUCUACAGUCCAAUCCAGUUGUCAAUCGCGUCUGAAAACUCGUUUGAAGCAGGUGCCUUCGAGGGUACCUAUAAGUAACUAUAACACAGCCAACAUAUCUUAUGAGCUCAAUGUUCUUCGCACCAGAGGUCCAAGAAGAAUGCAGUGUACCAUGCACUUGAUCCCCAUCUCCGCGAUUGAAGAAGUAGGAACUGCUCCUACUCCAAUGGCAUUCACAAAUUGCCUUGAUGAGGAUUCUUCUCCCUUGUUAGAUUCAGAAGGAAAAGGGCCACGAGUUGGGUUCGACUCAACUGGCUAUUAUAAGCCUCUGAAAUCAGUGCAAAGUGCACCCUUAGUUUUGAAAAAUAAAGCUCCUAGAUGGCAUGAACAAUUGCAGUGUUGGUGCCUAAAUUUUAAAGGACGAGUUACGGUGGCUUCUGUAAAGAAUUUCCAGUUGGUUGCUGCUGUAGAGGCAAGCCAAAAUGUUACAGUGGCUGAACAAGAAAAAGUGAUUCUGCAAUUUGGGAAGAUUGGUAAGGACAUUUUCACCAUGGAUUAUCGUUACCCACUCUCUGCCUUCCAAGCCUUUGCAAUCAGCUUAAGCAGCUUUGACACAAAACCUGUUUGUGAAUAGCAAUUCUCUUGUUCCCUCUACGGGCAUGAUCAUGCUAGUUUUCACUAGAAUUUGAUUGUAGAUAUUCUCUUUGGAAGCUCUUUAGGCUUUGCCAUUUUCAUGGGCAACUGCCUUUGUUACUAUGCAUACUUCUUUUAUGUAACGAGGGCUACACAAAUGUAUUCUAAGUUUUACUAUAUAUUUAUUUUUGAAUGGCAAACUCCGGACUCUCCCCUGAGCAUCUAGCUUCAUCACAUUCUG